AUGGACCCUCACGAAGCGCAGGGCAAUGCGCCCCGCGAUGAAAACCGCAAUCCUCACGCCUCCGGCUCCCAAUGGCGUCAUCAAGAGUCGCGAGCCUUCGCCAAGUACGAGGCCGAGAGAGCCCAGCCCCAGCAACCCUCCCGCCAUCACCAUCACCACUCCAUAGCUCGUGAAGCGGACGCGCGCGAAGGCAAUGUGAACGACCUGGCCGAUUUCCUCAACAAGUCGCGUAUCUCGCCCGAGGAAGCUGGCACUCGCCCUCCAAGCGACCCAAAGUUCAAGCCCGUGGUUCUAGGCGCUACAGAAGCCAGGGAGGUUCUCAAUGGCGAAAAGAGCAUGGCCGACGCAUUGGCUCCGGAGAGGGUCCCGAACGACAAGGAGAUUGCGGUAGGACCUUUGAUCAACUAUCGCCGCAUGGAGGGAAGUCACUGGGUUGGCAGUGUCCUGGUUGUGACCCGCGGGGGUGGCAGAGAACAGACGUUCAGGCCGAGCUUGUUCUUGAGAAAGGCCGCCAUGGUCGGUGUGAGCAACGUUCAUGCCAAUGGUCAUGCGAAUGGUAAUGGCGCUGCUGCCAAUGGUCACAGCAGCAACGAACCCAAAGUCAGUGAAAGCCAGGCAAUCUGUCUUUAUUCAGAUUGGCGCAACACUUUCUGGAGGUUUGAUGUGCACUUGGAGAUGGAACCUUAUGAGACCAAGUGGGAGUAUUGGCUGUCAGAUUACCUGGUCUUUGCCAGCAAGACCAAGCCAAAAGUGAAUUCGUUCUUCGUGCCGGCCAUCACAGAAUCGAUGAGGAUCAUGUUCCACUCCUGCAAUGGAUUCAGUGUCGGUACGGAUGAGGAGGACUGGAGCGGCCCGUGUUUGUGGAACGACGUUAUGAGACGUCAUCAAGAGGCGCCGUUCCAUGUGAUGAUCGGUGGCGGCGACCAGAUCUAUAACGACGGCAUUCGAGUUUCUGGACCUCUUCGCAGGUGGACUAGCAUCAGCAACCCCAAGAAACGGAGGCACUAUCCAUUCCCCGAGAGCCUCCGGGCCGAGUGUGACGAUUACUACUUGAACAACUAUAUCCGGUGGUAUGGGACAGAGCCAUUUGCAGCUGCGAACGGCCAGAUUCCUCAACUAAACAUCUGGGAUGAUCAUGAUAUUAUUGAUGGAUUUGGGUCUUAUGUGGACGACUUUAUGAGAUGCGAUGUUUUCCGCGGAAUAGGCGGCAUUGCUCACAAGUACUAUAUGCUUUUCCAGCAUCAUCUCCCUCCUCCGGCCUCGACAUAUACCUCGGACACAAUGCCCAAGACAGAGAAAGAAGCGGGUCAAGGUAUUGACCCCAAUCAGAUGAUUGCGGCUUAUGUUCACCCGGCCAUGACGGAAUCUAACUACAUUGUUGGACCCUCUCCCGGUCCCUACGUUUCGGAACAUUCACACAAUAUGUUUACACAGCUGGGUGCCAGGAUAGCGUUCUUGGGUAUCGACGCUCGAACAGAGCGCACGAGACAUCAAGUCAACUACACUGAGACAUAUGAGGCUAUCUUCUCCCGCUUGAGGCAGGAGCUUAGCCAUGCCAUACAAAUCGAGAAGCCAUACAAGCACUUGAUUCUCCUUUUGGGUAUUCCCAUCGCAUAUCCUCGCUUGACAUGGCUCGAGAAUAUCUUUGCCAGUCCCUUGAUGGGCCCAUUAAAGCUGUUGAAUAAACGCGUGGGCUUCGGUGGCAGCUUCUUCAACUCCUUUGACGGAAGUGUUGAUCUGCUAGACGAUCUUGACGAUCACUAUACAGCCAGAACCCACAAGCGCGAGCGCAACGGUCUGAUCCUCAAGUUGCAACAGAUCGCCGCCGAGUUCUCGGUGCGCGUUACCAUCCUAGGCGGCGACGUCCACCUGGCAGCGCUAGGAAGAUUCUACUCGAACCCCAAGCUCAACAUCCCGCUAGAAGAGGACUACCGCUACAUCGUCAACGUCGUCUCCUCCGCUAUCGUGAACAAACCACCCCCGGCGGCCGUCGCCAACCUGCUGGCACGUCGAAACAGGAUCCAUCACCUCGACCACGACACCGACGAGACGCUCCUCAAGAUGUUCGACAAAGACCCCGGCGACAGCGUCAAAACCGCUAAGCACAACAAGGUCACCAUGCCUAGCCGCAACUUUGCUGUCAUCACCGAAAACUCCCCCAACAACGGCGCCCAUGGCCAUGGCCACGACCAAAACGGCAACGGUAACGGUAACGGCUUCCACGCUUCUUCUUCUCCGCCCCCAAAUUCCACCCCUGGCGGCACCUUCCCCGGCCACAAGGAUGGCCGCUACGCGCUCGGCAAAGGCGAAGUCAACGCGGGCACCAAGCACAAAGCCGCCGACCCGGCCGAGCACGGCACAGGAAGCGACGGUAGUCUGGACGUAUGCAUUCGCAUUGAGAUCGAUCAGCAUAACCCCGAGGGACGCACGGAAGGGUACGGAUUGACGAUCCCGGCGCUGAGCUACAAGGGUCCGAGACCGCCGACGAUUGCGCCGCCCCCGGGCAGCGCGGGGAGUAGUGGGAGCCAUGGCUCGGGUGGUACGGGGAGGUCGGACGUGCCGGAGGUGCCGGAGAUUCCGGCGGGGGUGAGGUGA